ACGUUGAAUUGGAGUCAUUGAUGCCCAGCCGACGCUUGCACACACACCUGCUCAUCGGCUGAUGAGGAAAUAACGCCAUGGGGUUGUAGAAGAGCACAGUGGUCCUGGGCAGGGAGCGAGGUGUUGCUUGGGGAAAGGGAAUAGAUAUGAACCUAAUCAGUCAGGUGCUGUGGCAGGGAGGACGGCGGGGUGCUGCCAUCAAGUCUGUCAACCCGGCCAGGCGAUCUGUGACGCCAGCAGUAAAUACACUUGGGAGAAGAGGGUGUUGCAGAGCUUCCUCCCCAGGCGUCCUCAGAGGCCUUCAUACCGCCUUCGUCAGGAUGAGUGAGCAGAACGGCUUCCCGGAGGCGUCCUCUGUCCCUACAGCUGGCAUUAUCAUAAUUGGUGAUGAGAUCUUGAAAGGCCAAACUCGUGAUACAAACACCCACUUUCUAUCAAAGAAUCUACAUAGUUUUGGUGUAAAAGUUCAAAGGGUUUCUGUGAUACCAGAUGAUGUGCCAACCAUAGCAAGAGAAGUAGCCAAAUUUUCCAAGGCAUACACAUUUGUCCUAACAUCAGGUGGCAUUGGUCCCACUCAUGAUGACCUUACAUUUGAGGGAGUUGCAGCUGCUUUUGAAGAGAAAGUCCACCCACACCCAUUGUUAGUCCAGCUCAUAAGCGGGUUUUUCAAAACUGAGGAUCUCAGCUCUCCAGUUAUGAAGAUGGCUCAUAUUCCAGAGAGUGCAGAGCUUCACUUUGGAGAGGAUAAAUCAAAGGGUGUUAAAUCACGUUACCCAAUAAUUUCAGUGAAGAACGUGACAAUAUUUCCUGGAGUUCCACAUCUGCUUGAGAGAGCCUUUGCAUUACUUGGAGAGAAACUAUUCCACAGGCCUGGCAUGGGUUUUAAAGUCCAUCGUGUGUUCCUUACUGCUGAUGAAGUCAGCAUUGCAACAUAUUUAAAUGACACUGUUGCCAAAUAUCCAUCUGUGUCUUUUGGCUCAUAUCCCAAGUUAUUUCAUAGUUAUUACAAAACUAAGAUUACUAUGGAGUCACUGGAUGAGGAAAUAUUACAGGAGGCUGAACAGUAUUUCAAAAGCCAACUUGAAGAAGGAACAGUGAUUGACUACAAGGAAGACACUGUCACUUCACCAUGGGACUACAUUGAUCAUCUUUCUGCUUUAAAUCCUUCUCUGGAAGCUCCACUUCAAGAAGCACUGGAUAUCUUAAACCAAUGUUUUGACAGAUACAGCCCUGAGGAAAUCUGCAUAUGUUAUAAUGGUGGGAAAGAUUGUCUGGUUGUACUACACUUGGCAUAUGCUAUAAUGCAGAAGAAACAUCCCAAGAACAAGCUUCAAGCUAUUUAUAUAACUGAACCGAAAGCUUUUCCACAAGUCACAGAAUUUGUACAACAUUCUGUAAAUAGGUAUGACUUGGAUUGUGAUAUUAUACCAGGGCCCAUGAAGGCAGCUUUAGCAAAGGUUCUGGAAAAUAGACCAAAGAUCAAAGCGAUGAUUAUGGGCACUCGUCGUAGUGAUCCAUACUCUGAUGAGUUGGACUUUUUCUCUCCAACGGAUAAUGAUUGGCCAGCUAUGAUGCGAGUUAAUCCUGUUCUCAAUUGGAAAUAUAGUAAUGUAUGGGAUUUAAUUCGAGGCCUUUAUCUUCCUUAUUGUCCUUUGUAUGACAGAGGGUAUACAUCUCUAGGAAGCCAAGACAACACUUUACCCAAUCCUCUAUUGGAGGCGAGAGAUCGCAUUGGUCAGGUUGUCUACCUUCCUGCAUACACUCUGAAAGAAGAGGACAUGGAACGUAAAGGUCGCAUCUCCAGUAAACACUGAAAAAGUUUGCAUGAGGAUAUUUGUAUUUUCACAUGAAAUUUUUAUCUAUGACUGUUACUUGAGGUUAAAUUUCUCUAUAAACAUUUAUACUGUUUCAAAUUUAUAUGGAUUUAGAGUGGACGUGGCUUCUUUUUUCCUCUUGUUAUUAUUAUUAUUAUUAUUAUUAUUAUUAUCAUUAUUUAUGUAUUUUUUAAUCUCCUUUCAUUUUUCCCACUUUUUAUUAUGAUAUAUUCCAUUUUCUAUUUCAAGGCUACCUAUCAGGCACACUGAUAAAAGAUAGUUGCUUUGUACCUGAAACCUAGAAAUCAUCCAGUAAAAUGGCACGUAUAUUUUAAAGAUAUGAAAAACCCAUUUUAUUCAUAGAAAUGUGACAACCCCUUCUGUCUCUUCCAAACCAAUUGUCUGAAUUCAGUUGAUGGCUGUUUAUAGUAUAGGAAUUUCAUAAAGGAAGUAAAUCAGUCAUGUAAAAAUUAAAAAGAACAUUACCUCUAUGAGAUUACAAAUAUAAAUUAAUCCUCGUCAUGGAACCUGUAAAAGAUUACAGAUAUAGAUUAAGGCUCCAAUUUGUGUUUUAAUUUUACAGUCUUACUCAGUCUGAAAAAGUUACCAUAGCAUAUAUAUUAUAUAUGGUCAUUGUUGAUGUUAUUUUGAAUAAGAAAUAUAUCUUUGAAUUUUACAGUAGUAAAGACUUAUUUAAUUACCAUUUCUUAAUGCAAGAUUUGAUUAUGUUCCACUUAGUCUAUAUGGUUCAUAGCUUUCAACAUUUACAAAUUUAUUGUGACAUCUUAUGAAAUGUCUUCAAAUUUUAUAAAUAUUGUGACAUCUUAUAAAAUGUCUCAAAUUUUAUAAAUAUUGUGACAUCUUAUAAAAUGUCUCAAAUUUUAUAAUUGUAGUGUCAUUUAAUUAGCAUUUCUUAAUUCUUUCCCUUGACAUUAGUCAUUUUAUGAUAGUUUUAUGCCAAGUUGAAUAUCAGAUGAAAAUAGACACUUUUGACAUGUAAUAAUUAGUUACAUGUAAAGUCAGUAGCUACCUCUAGAUUUUGAUUGAGCUAUGAGAUUUUAUCAUCAUUUUCCUUUAAUUUACCCCCUGCUAUUAAUUUCUCACAUCCAAAUAUGUUAUUAAGUAGAGAUUAUAUAUGAAUUGAAUUUGUCAUAGCAACAUAUUUUUGUAACAAAUAAUCUUAUCAAUGUUAUUUUUUACAUGCAGAAAUAUUUUUAUAUUAUUUAAGAAAAGGGAGUUGCAAAAUUAUUUCCCACUGUACUUAUGUUGCGUUUAAGUAAACUCAGGAGAAGUAGUGUGGUAUCUAAGGGCUCUUGUUUAUGUUACCUCACUGUGUGCACAAGGUAAUUCUUUGGGUGUGUUACUGGUGUAUAUAUUGCAGAGCUACAGUAUUGGUUAUUCUGAAAUUUAUUGUAUCAUUCAGAUGUAUCUUUUUCACAAACAGUGCGUGAAUAAAUACAUUAUAUUUCUGUAAUUGUUAAUGAGCUCUGGAGUAUCAGUAUGUACAACUGAUUAAUAUUCCAUGUUUGUAAGUAGGGUUUAUAUUUCAGAUUUCUAGAAUAAACAAGGCAUGUC